AUGUGUGACUCCUACAAAUGUGAUAUCGCUAUCUCCAACUUCGGCAGCGCCGGCCACAGUAGUAACAGCAGUGACUCCAACAACUGUAAUACCAUCCUCCCCGAAAUCGCCGACACCAGCCACUGUAGUAACAGCAGUGACUCCUACAAAUGUAGUACCGGCAGCUACGACAUCGCCGGCACCAGCAGCUGUAGUAGUAACAGCAGGUACCUGAUUGCAACUUUAACUCCAUCUCCUGGUGCGUUUGACUGUGACUUCGAGGCUGACUUUUGCGGCUGGACUCAGGACAGAAGCGAUAACUUCAACUGGACACGUCAGGCUGGUGCCUCGGAAUCCUCCGGGACUGGGCCGUCUUUUGACCACACCAUGGGGAACGAAACUGGAACUGGCUACUACAUCUUCAUCGAGGCGAGUGCUCCCCAGGACGUUGGUGACAUCGCCCGCCUGUACAGCCCCGCCGUCACCGCCGCCUCCGCCAUGUGCCUCCGCUUCUGGUACCACAUGUACGGCAUGCACAUGGGAGAGCUGCACGUGUACACACGGACGGACCCGGCUCCAGAGGUUCUGGUCUUCAACAGGACAGGCAGGCAGGGCGAUGAGUGGCACCAGGCAGAGGUAGAGAUCGACAUUGCUGGUACUUACCAGGUUGGUACGCCAGCUCUCAAGACACAGCGUUUUGCAGUGUGGGCGCGGUCGUAUGCGUACAACGAUCCAGGGUACAACGUGAACGGCACCUACAUCACUAUCAACGGGGAGGAGAGCAGGAUUGAGGAACGUGAACUGGUUAUCAUUUCAGUACCACGGAGAGGGCACCAGGUCUUCAUUGUGAACGAGAGGACGGGGGCUGUGGAAAACAAGACACAUUUCGACACCCAGGGAGAUGGCGUUUCUGCAGCGCAGCAACUCACAACCUUUCUGCAGGGAGUUCCCGAGGGACGUGUCAUAGUUAUCGCAGUCCAACAGAGCGGCGAUACCACCGUUAUCAACGAACCCGCUCUGACACCGUACGGAGCUAACAUAACUCAACUAGGCAGAAGAGAGUCCUGGGCCAUGAUCACACAGAAGGGGUCGAUCCCACCAUGGUUCGUAGAGAAACACAGCGCCAACGGCACAGGACCUACCGUUGUGGAGGCAUACAUACCAACUGGCAACGAAUGGUCCCAGGUAUUUUCCACCGUGCGGGGAACGGGACAGAGAGUGUACGAUGCCUGGAGUGCUGGCCCCGGUGAGACCGUCCUCCAUAAUAAGUGCCAGGUUGUGGAAAAGUGGGCAUCUCUUAACAUCAAACGAGUGAAGAUCGUGCUGGAGUCCUCCUCGGGAGAUGUAGAGUUGAUCUUCGAUGGACAGAACACAGACAAGUUCAACUGGUUCUCCAAGUCUCGUCUUCUCUCGUCCCCGUGGAACGACAUCAGCACCGAAUCUCAAAACGUCUUCUCCAUGGAAGGAGCCACUGGCCCGCAGAGGUCCUUCUACAUCAACCGUCACUAUCAGAACUGUCGUGACACCGGUUGGCUGGCGGUGACGGAGGGAGGCCCGGCCGGAGUGUGCUCGUGGGAGCAAGUGUCCGAGGACCAGCUGCCCUACAUCAUGUUUUCUCGGCUGAACACUUACGUUAGCUGGAACGACGCUGUCAAUACCGGAAUUGCGAAUCGUAUGGUCAUCUACAUAGACGCCGGCGACGUGGUGUGCUCCUGUCCAGCUGGCUACACUUUGAAUGAAAAUGGCACUUCGUGUGAUGUGGUGCCUCUCAGCCUAACGUUUAGGACACAUGACAACACAUACUCUGGUAGUGGCAAUUAUUUGACAGUGGAAAUAUUUUCUGACGUUUGCGAUGAUAUCUGCACGGCAACGACGGUGUCCGGACUCAAGAGAAGAGGGAGGGAGUACGUCCGAACCUUUGUCGCUUCCGACUUCGGAGAUCCAACGCGACUUCGACUGACAACUUCAGGAACCGACCGACUCCGGUUAGACUGGAUUGACGUCUACAAUGGUUAUACUGGCCGGCAGGUUCGCUUCUCCUGUCCCAGUGACGGCUGCACGUUGUCGAGAAACUCCCGCGAGGGUAGCACGCAAAUCGUCCUGGGUUUGAAUGUGACGACAACGAGUUCGCCCUCAACGACAAUGGCCAGCACAGAAUGCCCCGCGGAAUGGUCGGUGUUCAAUGGAAAGUGCUACAAGGUUUUCACCGAAACACUGACAUACAGCCAAGCGAAGCAAAACUGCAACGACCACGGCGGACGUCUGGCAAUGAUCAAGGACUCGGCGAUCAAUAAUUUCCUCAAAACUCUGCCAUCGGACCACAAAUGGUUUGGUUUAAGUGACCAGGUUACUGAGGGUCAGUUUUUGUGGGAGGAUGGGACGAGUUUGGCUUCCACAGGGUUCACCGACUGGUAUCCAGGGGAGCCAAAUGGUGGAGCUGGCGAAAAUUGUGUCCAGUAUUGGAGGCACAGUUGGAAUGAUCGUGGUUGUACCGACCUGCUGGGGUUUACUUGUGAAGUGCAGGCAACACGGCCAACUCCAACGCCUACCCACGGCACAGCAACAACUCCGACUCCAGCGCCUACCCCCGUCACAGCCUGCCCGGAUGGUUAUAUCCAGUACAGCGCGUUCUGCUUCAAGGCCAUUGAUGAGCUGAAGACAUUCGAGGGGGCGCGCCAACUAUGCGCCAUGGACAGCGCUCGUCUUGCCAUGCCCAAGAACAGCGGUACAAACGUCUUCUUGGAAAGCCUGACUACAGCUGACUCCUACUGGAUCGGCUUGAACGACAUGGAUGUUGAGGGACAGUGGCGUUGGGAAGAUGGGACGACUCUUGAUAUGACCAAUGACUUCAGCAGUUGGGCUGCUGGUGAGCCGAACAGUAAUGGCGAGCAGCAUUGUGUGAGACAUUACGAUGAAGGUCUGUGGGAUGACAACCAAUGUCACGACACAUUAAAGGUUCUUUGCCAGAUAAAUCUCGCCUGCCCCACCGGAUACAGUCUGCAUGGAUCUUUCUGCUACAAGGCUUUUGACGAACUGAAGACUAACAACGGAGCACGUCAAGUGUGUUCGGAGGAUUCCGGCAGGCUGGCCAUCAUCAAGGACAAUAUCACCAAUACCUUCUUAGCCAGGCUGAUUUCACAGGAUAACUAUUACAUCGGUCUGAAUGAUCUGAACGUCGAGGGCCAGUUCCGUUGGGAAGAUGGAACUGUAUAUAAUAAUGACACAGACUUCAGCAAUUGGAGUCCGGGAGAGCCGGACAACUCUGGCAAUCAAGACUGUGUCAAGCUAUCUGGAGACGGUCUUUGGGGCGACAAGGAUUGUACGAUAAAAAGGAAAUUCAUCUGCCAGAUAAAUCUCGCUCCUAAGAAGUGGCGUGAAGACUCCCGGUGCGGUGAGGGCUACCCUGCCCCAAACGGUAACCCUGCAGAAUGUAACCCUAGCGGUGUCCGCCCGUGCUGUUCCCCACAUAACUGGUGCGGCUUAAACGCAGACCACUGCGACUGUGAGGGCUGUGUUGACUACAGGAGCCCAGGCCACUUGUCAGACUGGGUAAAACACGGAUCUCGCUACUACAAGUUCCUGCAGUCUACAUUCGUGCCCUACACCGAAGCUAGAGCCCUAUGCGAAGCCGAAGAUGCAAAGAUAGCAAUGCCAAAGGACCAGGCAGCUCACGACUUCAUAGUGCAGUACAGAAACCAGUUUUACAACAACAUCAACCUGUGGAUCGGACUGAACGACAUAAACGUUGAAGGCGACUUUGUGUGGGAGGACGGCACCCCACUGGGCAGCUUGAGCCGUUGGUUUCCAAGACAACCAAAUAACGGUAACGGCUUGCAGCACUGCGCAGUCCUCACCCCGGAAACCAACCCGUACCCCAACCAGUGGCGGGAUGACGACUGCAGUUAUACAAGGGCAGCUAUCUGUGAAAGGGGCUGCCCGACGAACUACACUCAGCUCAACGAUUCGUGUUUCAAAGCGUUUGAAGACCCCAAGACCUUCUCCGAAUCACGCGAAGCAUGCGCGGCACUAGGCGGGGUCUUAGCCAUGCCCAAAGACAGGGUGACAAACAAUUUACUCACGAAUCUGAUGCAGCCCGGUAUAAACUACUGGUUCGGUCUGACGUAUCAUGACACUGAAGGGCAAUGGCGAUGGGAGGACGGCAGUGUGUAUGACAUAGACACAGACUUUGGUAACUGGAGUCUGAAUGAACCAAAUAACAUGGGUGGACAAGAACACUGUGCUCAUUUUACAAAGCGGCACUCAUGGAAUGACAGAAGAUGCCAUAGAGCUCACAGCUACAUUUGCCAAAUACAGCCAGGCUGCCCGACGGACUACACUCAGCUCAACGAUUCGUGUUUCAAAGCGUUUGAAGAUCUCAAGACGUUCUCCAAUUCACGCGAAGCAUGCGCGGCACUAGGCGGGGUCUUAGCCAUGUCCAAGGACAGGGUGACGAACGAUUUCCUGGCGAGUCUGAUGCAGCCCGGUUUAGACUACUGGUUGGGCCUGAUGUAUCAUGACGCCGAAGGGCAAUGGCGAUGGGAGGACGGCAGUGUCUAUGACUUAGACACAGACUUUCGCAACUGGAAUCCGGGGGAACCUAACAACAUGGGCGGACUAGAACACUGUGCUUAUUUGACAACGAAGUACACAUGGAAUGACUAUAGAUGCCAUAACAACUUCAACUAUAUUUGCCAAAUACAGACAGCAACAAGGCCAACUCCAACGCCUACCUCCGUCACAGCAGAGCUACCGGAGGAUAGGGUGUACAACGUGACAACUAGCUCGUCGACAUUCCGAUGGGAGCUGGAGGCGAUUCCAGUCAUCUCCUUUGCUGUCGAAGCUAAAGCUAGUUCAGACGUGCGCCUCGCCCUGUCUCCAGUCAACAACUUCACAAGCGUCAUGUACGAAAUAAUCAUCGGCGGAUGGAGCAACCUGCUCACCACCCUUCGGCGGACUGAUUCUGAAGACCAUCUCGCGGUGAAGCUCACCCCUGGUAUACUGCCUGCGGGGCGGUUCAGGAGGUUUUGGGUGCAAAUCAUCAAGGGGACGGUUAGAGUCGGUAUGGACAACCAGACCUCCCCAUUGAUAGAAUGGACGGACCCGUCCCCUAUUGACGUGCGGUUCGUAGGAUUUGCCACAUCGGAAGGAAACCUCGGGCAGUUCCGCUUCUACUCGACUCUAUCAGGCAAGCAAGACACACACUGUUUGGCGAUCCGCAUGGCUUGUUUCCUUUCAAAUCAUUAA